AGCUGGUCUCUGCAGAUAACAGACUUCUCCAACAAUGUGGAGAAAGUGCAGAACGCCAGCCGCUCGUCCGGUGUAAACAGCGGCUCCUCACGGCGGGUGAAGGGCCCUUUACCUGGACCAGGACACCGGGAGACCGGGAGACCAGCCCUCCUCUCACAUCCACUCUGGUCGUUUCAGUGAUGCGAAAGCGGACCAGCUCCCUGACCGCCGAGCAUGACAGCGUCCCCCCCGCCGCCCCGGAGGAUAGCGACCCGGCUGUGAAGCGCUGCCCCCCGCAGGGAAAGGCGGGACACGGCGCGCCGCAGGGCACCGACCCGGAAAAGAGGAUGGCCAAGUCGUUCAAGAGGCUAGGUUUGGCAGGCAAAGUGAAGAGGAUUCUGAUGUGGAUUCUUCUGGUGUACUUCUGUAUCCCUGUCCUGGUGAAGCUCUGCCCCUCCAUCCAGGCCAAACUAGUAUUCCUCAACUUCGUGAGGCUGCCAUACUUCAUAGACCUGAAGAGACCAUCAGACCAUGGUCUGAACCACACAGUCAACUACUACCUGGAGCCAGAGAGCGGCUUCAAGAUAGGAGUCUGGCACACGGUUCCCGCCCAGAUGUGGGCGGAGGCUCAGGGUAAAGACAGAGACUGGUACGAUGCUGCGCUGCUCUCACCUCACCCUGUCAUCCUCUAUCUCCAUGGCAACGCAGGGACAAGGGGGGGGGACCACAGAGUACAGCUGUACAAGGUGCUCAGUUCAUUUGGCUACCAUGUGGUCACAUUUGACUACCGAGGCUGGGGGGACUCCGACGGCAGCCCCUCCGAGGGGGGCAUGACCGCCGACUCUCUGUUCAUGUACCACCGGCUCAAACGCGCCGUCGCCAACAAGCCCCUCUACGUCUGGGGCCACUCGCUGGGGACCGGAGUGGCCACCAACCUGGUGAGAAGCCUCAGUGACACAGGAAGUCCUCCAGACGCUCUGGUCCUGGAGUCCCCGUUCACCAACAUCAGAGAGGAAGCUAAAAGCCACCCCUUCUCUAUGGUCUACCGGUACCUGCCUGGCUUCGAUUGGUUCUUCUUAGACGCCAUCUCCGCCAACGACAUCCGCUUCGCCAGCGAUGAGAAUGUGAACCACAUCUCGUGUCCGGUGCUGAUCCUUCAUGCUGAGGACGACAGCGUGGUUCCCUUCCACCUGGGGAGGAAGCUGUACGCGGCGGCGGCUCGCUCCAAGAGUCUGAGCGGCCACAAGGUGCAGUUCAUCCCGUUCCAAGCCUCGCUGAGCUACAAGCACAAGUUCAUCUACAGGAGCCCCGAGCUGCCCCACAUCCUCAGUGACUUCUUUGGAGCCGUUCAUCCAAACACACAAUGAGGACCUCCGCAGCAUGGAACACACACACACACGUACACACACACACACACACACACACACACUUAAGCACACAUGCACACACUCAAUCCCACACGAACACACUUAAACACACAUUCAUACCAGAUCUUUGUGGGUGUGUGUCUCUGAAAGGACGACAGAAUGUUAAUUCCGGAAUUUAGAAUUCCCACACACACACACACACACACCUACACCCAAAAAGGAAGUGACUCUAAUGUUGAUGGUUGCCAUGGAGGCACGGUGCACACGAUUGGUCAGACCUUUGAAGACGAGCCUUCCAUCCCGUGUGCCUCCUGCUCUCUUAUUGGUUUGUUUUGAGUGACACACCUAAUUCUGAUUUAGCGUUUGACUGAAAUGUUCUAAGGCAUUGAUCAUCAAUGUAUGAGAGUACCUUGUGUUGUAUUUUAGAAAGCUUUAUUGUUCCGUAUCGGGAACAAUCAGGGAACCAUUUUAAACGUUUCAUCACUCAGCCCCGCCAUGUAGUGACAUCACGUCUGAGGAUCACUAACCCCCAUCGUGUAGUGACAUCACGUCUGAGGAUCACUAACCCCCAUCAUGUAGUGACAUCACGUCUGAGGAUCACUAACCCCCAUCGUGUAGUGACAUCACGUCUGAGGAUCACUAACCCCCAUCGUGUAGUGACAUCACGUCUGAGGAUCACUAACCUCCGUCAUGUAGUGACAUCACGUCUGAGGAUCACUAACCCCCAUCAUGUAGUGACAUCACAUCCGAGGAUCACUAACCCCUGUCAUGUAGUGACAUCAGGUCUGAGGAUCACUAACCCCCGUCAUAUAGUCUGGGGGUCUAGAGGGUCUUGCUGGUCCCAACAGAACCAGUAUGAAGAGUGGACUCAGACCAACUCAAUAUGAAGCCAGUGUUAUCGCUCUCCCAUGAUUGGUCGGUGGGUUUGUGAGGCGACCAAUCAGUACCGUACCUUUUUGAUUAUUCCGCUUUUAGGUUUAGAAGACCAAUCACGAGCAUUGCUGUAGAGCUGGACAUUUGCAUAUCUAAAUGAGGUGUGUUAGUUGUUGAGACUGAGAAGCAGAUAAAAACUGGACUGGAUCUGGUGUGUAACUGGAAUGCAGAUCUGGUUUAGGAUCAUUAGGAGAUGGGGUCCAGGUUCUGGUCAAAACCGGAUCCAGUCCUUAGACCUCUGGAUACCAUGGACAGGAGAGAUUGUGUUUGUCCUAUCAGAUCAGUCGACCUCUGGAAGCCUCAUUUAGGUCAGUUAUUGAAAUGAAAUAAAGUGUAAAGGCUCUGAUGUCA